GUCGAUUGAUUUAUAAGCACUUGUAACUAAUUUGAAGCCAAAAUUUGAUUUAGGUGGCGCGGGUGUGUUCAAUCAGCGACUUUCCAUGUUUGAAAUUUAUAAGACGCACUCUCCUGCUCGAAUUUAAAUUUUCACUUCCCGCUUUGCAAUGUCUCUAGCAGAAGAAGAUGAGUGGGAGCUUGUAAACGACGAUGGCUUCGUCUACAAGCGCAAGAAACGCCCUCGCCUUGAUAUUAGCGCCACCACAUCAGCUCCGCCUCCAGAUCCAGCGCUGGAGGAGAAGAAUCGGAGGAAUAGGAAGAAAAGAGCCCUAUUGAAUCUCAAAGCCAAGUAUGAAGCUGAGAUUUCUCGAUGGGAACUUUUGUCGAACACCUUGAGGGACUUGAAUUUGCAGACCCAGAAUGUUGAAAAGGGGUUUGAGAAGGUUGAUGUUGGUGAAAUGGGUAAUGAAUUGCCGGUUGAAUUUUCGGGUUUUAGUCGCUGUGGUCUUAUUGAUGAACUUCUUGCUCAGGUAGAAGCUCAAGAAGCUCUAAUUAACAAUGUUGCCAAUUUAUGUGAGGCUGCUGAAGCAUUGUGCAGUCUUCAGGAAGAGCGGUCAAAGCAGUUUCUACUGAAUCUUCCAGUUUGGGAUUCGUCACCGCGUGAGCUCAUGAACGCUCUGUGUGAUGAAUGAUCAGUGAGUUAUGAAAUGGCUUAAAGCACUUGCAAACUCAUCAAGGGAAAGGUAGCCUUUUAUAAUCAUUCUCCUGUUUAAUGGGUACUUAUUUGCCGAUGAUUGACCCACUUGGGGAAACUUAGUGGUCCCUCCUUUUCUUGAUUUCACUUAAACUAACCUAGAAACGCGUGUUUCGGUUGAAAUGUUCACCUAAUAUAGUCUAUUCAAUGCCAUCCGUAAUUCUCUGUACCUAGUCCUAGUGACUCUGAUCCGGUGUAGACAAGAUGUAGUAUUGUAAGGUUCUGCAUAUCUUACCCUGUGCCUGUUAUAAAACGCUAGAAAUAUGAUGAACUUGGUUGUAUGUUGGUGUAAAAAGGUACAUUGAACAUUCAAAUGCUAUAGAGUUGUGAUUCUAGCUGCU